CUACUGUUCCAGCUCUGGUUAUCAGUGGCCCCCGCGCACAGCAUCCCUGAAAUUAUCUACAGCGGGCUGUUAUACCCAAAAAGUCGUGUCUUGUGAUGCCUCGCCACUCGGUCCAUUCCCUCGUCCUGGAGACGUUCAUAUACACAUUACCCUUCUCUCGCCCAUCAUCGCCACUCUUUUACCUUUUCACUUUCACACUCCAAGCUAUGUCCGGCAACAUGAACACAGAUAUCAAAGUCUCAAACGGCUCACCACCGGGGGAAGAGCAAGCAUCGCAGGUCGUGGGACCGAUCAAUCGACUUCCUGUGGAACUUCUACUGUCAAUCUUCGAAUUUACCACUUUCAGCCCGCCCGACUCUACCGCGCCUUGGCGCCUCAUGCGUAUCUGCAAGUCCUGGCGAAGGAUUGUCACAUCGCACCCUUUGUUAUGGACCACCAUAGUCAUCAACAACUAUUCUGCGUAUCCCGAUGGCUUUAUCGAGAUGGGGGCCUUCUCCGCAUUCCCUGUGCCCAUGGCUUAUCUUCAUUAUUCCUCUCCUCUUCCUGUGAACAUAUAUGUUUCAGUUCGUGGAAUGCCUAGACCCAAUAUUCCUUUCACCAGAACCCAUGCUGGUGUCUUGUCACACAUCUUCAGGCGUUUUUCAUACCGUAUCAGGACCAUGUGUUUCUCUUUCGACUCUUGGGAGUUUUAUGGCCUCUUGACGGAAGGUCUGACUCUAGUUCAGAUGCCCAUCUUGAUUCGAUGGGAAGCCCAGUAUAUCACAGAUCCACGUGCCAUCUUUCAUGAGGAUUUUCCGGAGUCUAAGAACCUAGAUUGCUGUUUCGCGUCGGCCGCUCUCACGGCAGGCACAACCCAAAAACCCGAGGUUGUUUCACGUGGAAUCUCACUGUAUCCUAAUCUCAGGUAUCUCAAUCUGAUGAGCACUCCCAUGUCAUGGGACAUGUUCUGUCCCUCCAACCUCAUCGAGUUACAUAUUCAUCGUCUCCCGCUACAAUACCGUCCUCACCCUAAUCAGCUCAGACAAAUCCUCGAGUUCAGCCAGGAUACGCUUCAAGUCUUGGAACUGUCCGGGACAGUAUUCCAAAAUCAUGCCUUCGACAGUCCACUCACCAUGUCGCGCGUCCACACCCUCAAAAUUGGCUUUUCCCUUGCAGAAGAGCUCCAGUGUCUCUUCCCCCAACUUCUCUUACCAGCGCUUACCUCGCUCGAAGUGAACAACCUGGAUCGCAAAUCGACGUGGUUUGGACGCCCUCCUGAGGAUAUGGUGCAAGCGGCAAUUGCUGCAUUUGAGGUUUUGGCUGGGUGUUUGCCCCUCGAUCAGUUGAAACACCUUCGUCUCGACUGUAUCACCUUCCAAUUACCUCGGAACAAACUUCUGAGUGCAGGACAAGAACACGUGUCGUUCCUCUUCCUCAACAAGCUCACAUCGCUUACCAGCCUCUCGUUGUACAGCCCUGACGUCAUCACCCUUGGGUGUAUGAGUGACUUCCCCGAUAUCCUUCCGGCGCUGAAGGUCUUGAAAAUCUCGACGCCCGGGGUGAAUUACUAUGAGCAUAUUCUGUCCUUCUGGCAGGAGCGUGCACGUAUGCGUGCCUGUACAAUUCUGGAGUGUUUUGAACUAACGCUGCCAGUGUGCGCGAAGGAGAAGGCCGAGGCGAUUGUUCAAAGGGAUGAGGUAUUUGCGAAGAAGGUCGUGCUUAGAUAUCAGCCGGAUUUGCAUCCGCCUCUUUGGAUGCUCGAGGAUGAUAGGAUGGAAGAUGAUGAUGCCGACGAAAUGGACGACGAGGAGAUGUAUGAACUGGAAGGCGAUAUUGAUGAGAUGGACGAAGAUUAGAAGGUUUGAUACUCCUGUCUAUCGUAAGUCUCUCCAAUGUAAUAUUUCAUAUUACCGAAUAGUGACGAAGCACAAAAGAAAUUCUAAUAUCUGGACUGCAUUGUUU